AUGGAGCCAAAACUGAAGCUGUUAGUUUGCGGCGAUGUUCGCGGGAAACUAAAAUCAUUCUUCGGGCGCAUCGAUACCAUCAACAAAAAGAGCGGGCCUUUCGACCUCGUGCUCUGCGUUGGGGAUUUUUUUGGGCCCGACACCGAGUCCGAGAUUCUGCAAGAGUACAAACGACGGCUAAAAACAAUCCCGGCGCCGGUGUACAUUCUCGGACCAUCGAACAAAGAAUUGGCCCAGCACUACGCGGAAACGCAGGACGGAGAUUUAUGCACCAACCUCAGCUAUUUGGGCAAACGCGGGUUGUACACGACCACUGGAGGCCUGAAAAUUGCCUAUCUCAGUGGAAAGGCAAGCGCAGGAGAUGCGGCGGAAUCGAACGAGUGGACGUACUCAAAGGCCGACGUUAUCGCGGUGCGAGAUUCGUGUUUAGCUAGCAAGGGAAACAUGGGUGACUUCCGAGGGAUUGACAUCCUGCUUACGUUCCAGUGGCCUUUCGGGAUACGCGAGGAGGUAUCGGAUAGUUCCAAGCUUGUCUCCUGGUUGGCAAAUGCCAUCAAACCGAGAUAUCAUUUCUGUGGCACGAAUGGUGAAUUCUACGAGUCACCGCCCUAUAGGAACCUGCCGGAUAAAAAUACGGAGAUGGAGUUGGCAACGCGAUUCGUUGGAUUGGCCAGUUUUGGUAACCCAGAGAAGAAGAAACACGUCUACGCAUUGAGUAUAACUCCCGUGGAGAAAAUGCGUGUCUUGGAGUUGAUUCAGAAGACCACGGACGAAGUACCUUCCCCGUAUCAGGGAUUAUCCUUCUUCGAUGAAGGUGAUGGCAAGGCGCAGCAUGAGAAAUCCGAUAAUCAGUACUUUUACGAUAUGAACACCUAUGACGAUCGACGGAACAAGCGUAGAAACAACGAUCCCAAUCAUGGACAGAAGCGUCAAAGGCCAUCGUUCGAUCAGGAGAAGUGUUGGUUCUGCCUAUCCGCUGGUAGUAUCGAGAAACAUCUUAUCAUCUCAGUCGGCGAUCAUUUCUAUCUGGCGCUGGCCAAAGGUCCCAUCGAUGAAGCGCAUAUACUGAUUCUAUCGAUAACACACAUCCAGUGUGCGGCGCUUCUUUCGGAGGAACAGUGGAACGAGUUGACGCGAUUCAAGGAAGCUUUGACACAGUUCUACGCGGAUCGAGAACAGAAGGCGUUCUUUUACGAGCGCAACUUCAAGACGGGUCACCUUCAGAUCAAUGCAAUUGGCAUUGAGGAAAACGUGGCGUGGAAGCUACAGCACGCACUGGAGGACAAAUCGGAAGAGUACAGCUUCCAGAUGGAGAAAAUACCCAAACUGUCGGCCCCAUCCGAUCUGCCCGAACGAGGCCCAUACUUUGUGGCGGAACUGCCGGAUGGAACGGGAAUGCUGACACGCCAAAUGAAAGGCUUCCCGCUGCACUUCGGACGGGAGGUGAUCUGCGAUUCCAAUGUGCUCAACUGUGAGGAGAAAGCGGACUGGCGGCAGUGCAAUCUGCCCAAGGAGGAGGAAGAGCGAAUGGUUAAAGAUUUCCGUGAAAGCUUUAAACCGUACGAUUUCACUCUGUAAAUUAAGGACAUGGCGAUGAGUACAAAAGAGACGAACGGAAUUGAA